AACACAACCACUAAGGGAGCUCUGUAUGCAGAAGAGUCACAAGGCUGCAGCAAUAUUAACAUUCUGUGCACGAUGCAAGUAAUAGCAAUAGAGAUGGAAAUGUGCUGUGCUAAAGGGAGACGCAAGGCCCUCCAACUUGCUGCUGCUGCACAAGGAGUCGUAUCAGUGGAAAUGGGGGAAGAUCAAGUGAUCAUGGUGAGAGGAGACGAAGUGGAUGCCGUUUGCUUGACCAAUUCUCUGAGAAAGAAGUUUCGUUAUGCCAAACUCUUGAGCGUGGAGCAUGUAAACCCUCCUGCUGAUGACAAUACUGGCAAAGGUGGUGACGGUGGUGACGGUGGUGAUGAGAGUCCAGGAAAUGAAGAGGAGAAUGGAAAAGAUGGAGCGUCACCAUCAGGCUGUGGCUGUAAUUGCCGUCAGUUCCCUCCUCCACCACCACCGAUCCCCACCUACUGUUACGUGCUUUGUGAUGCUGAUCCUUACCCUACCAUUUGCUCCAUCAUGUAAUGCCUUUAACCUUUAACCGUAUAUACGUAUAUUCAC